CAAGGCAUGGGCCUGGUAAGGCUGUAACAUGACUUUAGUGAAGUAACACUCACUGAACAAUUGCCAUUCUUCAGUGGAGUGAGUGACAAGCCUGCUUAUUACACGCUCGGCAAAAAGACUCAUCAAAGGACACCUAGGCCAGGGCUAGGGUACAUACACAGGCUACAGUACUACAGUUAAAUCAGCUGGUCAAUCUGUGCAGUGCAGUGCCAGUGACCAGGUCCAGCAUGUCCAGAUCCGGCCAGCAGGCCAGUGCAUGCAUGCAGUGCACACAGUCCAUGCUUUGCAUAAUGCAUUGUAUGUACUAUGUAUGCAGUCAGUGAGUGCAUCAGAUUUUUUCCGUGUUUUUUUCGUUAUUUUUCCUUACCAAAAAUGAAAAUCCAACGUAUGAUCUCGGUAAUAGCAUUGAUGAACACGCCCAACCUUACUUUUAGGUGGAUUAGCCUGUUUUACGAUGCCGUUUUUACACGAAAACGAUAUAAAAAGGAACAAACUUGAUGAACCUGUGUGAAAUUGCCGGGCCGGAAGUUACGAAAUGUAGGUCAACUUCGUGAUGCACUAUGGGCAAAAAUAUCAAAUAAAUUUCUUCCAAAAUAUUUUUUGGACGUUUUUUGGCUAAAAUUUCACACUUACUUUCAUUAUCAUUGAAAUUCCGGUACAACACAAUAAAAAAAGUUUAAAAAAACGCUGACCAUGGUAUUCCCGCGACCGCGGUAUCUCCUUCUUCCCGCCUCGGACUUCGGCGUCAUUUCCUCCAUUGUUUGAACAAAGUUUUUCGUAGUUUUUCCCGCAUUUCAAGGUAUUUUUUACAUUUGAUAUAACUUUGAUAGCCCAUAAUGGCUAACAAUCAAGUUCCAAACGACCUUAUCCUGGUGCUGGAGCGAUCAAUUGCUGAAAGCCAGCGGCAGAGGGAAGAUAAUCGGAAGAUUAUGGAUCUACUCGACAAGGAGCGUAGCGUCAAUGUAGAAAUGAGAAAGGAGCUCGAAGAGAGAACCCCUCCUCCAAAAACAAGUAGGAAAAGCCUGUCAUUUCGAAGCCCUAGAAAUCGGCCAAAAGAUUUAGAUAUUCCAAGGAGUUGCCGUCGCAGGGUGAGAAGUGUGUACAAGGAGCUUGAAACUACAAAUGAAGACUUCGUUGGGUUCGACUUAACUCAGAGGUUAGAUUCUACACAUAAUCAGGCCAUUAGUUCCAGGGUAUUGCGAGCCGUUAAGGAUGCUUGCCCAGCUGGGGAACAGCUGCCCACGGAAAUUAUUGAAGCUGCACUCCGGUGUAAAUUCAAAAGUGACAGGGACUCCCAUAAUAGGACGCAAAAAGGGCUGUCAUUAGAGCAUGCAAGGAGAUGCAGACGCCAGGGGAGGAUGCGUGAGAAAUUAAACAAAAUGUCAAUGGCCCUUUCAAAGGCUAAAUCACCACCAUGGGAACCGGAGGAACUUGAGGAGGCAGAAAUCAUACUGAGUCUCCCAGAACUUCUAAGCUCGGAGGAAUCCGACGUCGAAGUAGAGGAUGGCAAAGAACGAAAAUUCCUGGUUGUCAAGCGUCUCCCUUGGGAGAGAACGAAAGUCAAGAACAUAAAGAAAAAACUGAGGAGGAUCAAUGAGCUCUCCCUGUCGCCCCUCCAGAAGGCAAUGGCCCUGGAGGGGCGACGGGACGUGCCAAAUGUCAUUUCAAAACGUCCGGCACCAGCGCAGGCCCCAGACUGGGCAGUCCGACAUAUCUAGAGGCUCGAUGUGUUCCAUCCCUGUAAGUCCUAGUACUAGGAAGAACUCUUAAAGGGUAUGGUCACUUAGUGACUUGAAGCAGACAUGUUUACCAAGUCUAAUUUCAGAUGGUUAGAAUGCAUUUACAAAGCCAACAAUCAAUAGUAACGAUUGAUUAUAGUUUUGAGUACAUCAUGGGCACUUGAAAAUAUCACUUUUUGAUUUCGGUGCUUUUAGAAUUCCAAACUCUUAGAAAGGGGUCAAAUUCUGGGUUGAAUCGGAGAUCCAUUCCCUUUAAGAUGCUGGUUUUACUAAUGGUGAUAAUGUGACUAUCAAAGCAUGAAGAUGACCUCAUGAUUUAUGAAUAAUUGUGUUAAUUUGUCCUCAGAUAUUAUUGUACAAAAUGUAGGCACUACUUUGUUCACUACUGUUAAUUUUUAUGAAGUUAAAAUACUUGCGUUUUUCAAUAAUUGUGUCUUGCAUCUGUUUUA